GAUACAGACAUUUGAUAACUUUUUCCCCUCUUCCUUUCAUGAGAAGCAAACUCUUGCGUUUUCAUUAGUUAGAGAGAGAAGUGAAUAUAAACCAAAGCUAGCAUCAUACUCCAGAAGACAGCAGAGCAUGGAGCAAAACAUGCAAAACGCCGUCGUAUUAUUACUCUUAUUCACCAUCUCCAUACUUUCCUCAAAACCACACGGCAGAGAGCUCCGUCCGUCAGAGCACGGCUUGCCAUAUCAACACUCGUCAAAUAUUCCGACCGCAAAAGCCGACGAUCCACAAUUGCAUUCAUUCUUCGCCGGCGCCGGCGGGAAAUCGCCGCCGUCAUCGUCGCUACCGGAGGCGAGGAACUUGACGUGGUGGAAUAAUACCGGCAAUAACGGAGAUGAAAUGUCACGUGACAGUAACCGGAAAGAUCACGUGAGAGAAGUGUUAUUGGUUUCCAGCUUGGUUUGUGGAGUUGCUGGUGUUGUCUUACUCGCCGUUUCCGGGUUUGUUUUCGUCGUUAGGCUCCGAAAGAAAAAGCAAAGAGAAACGUCAUUGUCAACGUCAGUAGAUAACGUCGUCAACAAAUGAACUAGUGCUUGGAAUCCGAAAGGAUAAGACUUUAGUUUCACUUUCUUUUUUGAUUGUUAUGUGUAUGUAUACAUAAUUCAUAAAUUAACAAUUGAGAUUCACUUUACCCUUU